AUGGAGGCGCAGCAAGCAGCACAAACUUCGGGUGUACAUACACCGCAAAACUGCGGAGACGCAGCAGCAGCAGAUGUAGAAAUGCAGCAGCAGCAAGCAGCAGAGCCCAGCUCAGAGUCUGCAGCAGAAAAUGCAGCAGCUGCUGCAGCAGCUGCUGCAGCAGAUGCUGCAGCAGAUGCUGCUGCUGCUGCUGCUCCUGCUGCCGCCGUUGCUGCCGCAGCAGAUGAUAUAGAAAUGGAGCAGAGGGACGCUGAGGCAAGUCAGCCGGAGCAAGAAGCAGCAGCAGCAGAAGCAGCAGCAGCAGCAGAAGCAGCAGCAGCAGCAGCAGCAGCAGCAGAAAUGGAAAUGCAGCAGGACGCGCCGGAGGUUCACUCACCAUCAACACCGUCGUCGUCAUCAGCAGCAGAAGAUUCAGCAGCAGCAGCAGAAGCAGCAGCAGCAGAAGCAGCAGCAGCAGCAGCAGCAGCAGCAGCAGCAGCAGCAGCAGCAGCAGCAGCAGACACCGACAUGCAGGAGGACACCGCUGCAGUUCCAGCAUGCCCCCCACCGGAGCUGGACUCCUCCUGCUCAGCAGCAGCAGCAGCAGCAGCAGCAACAGCAGCAGCAGCAGCUGCAGAAGCGGAAACAGCAGCAGAAGAAGCAGCAGCAGAAGCAGCAGCAGCAGCAGCUGAGGGCGACAUGCUCCUCGAGGGGCCCCCAUCCCCAGCAGCUGAGGGGGCCCCCCCAGGGGGCCCCCCAUCUCCAGGGGGCCCCCCAUCUCCAGGGGGCCCCCCAUCUCCAGGGGGCCCCCCCGAGGCCCUUUCCUCCGACGAGGGGCCCCUAGAAGAGGAGGGCCCCCAGGGGGCCCCCCAGGGGGCCCCCGAGGGGGCCCCCGAGUGGGGGGCCCCCCAUGAGGAGGCCCCAGAGGACCCCCAGGAGGGGGCCCCCCAAGAGGGGGCCCCCCAAGAGGGGGCCCCCCAAGAGGGGGGCCCCCAGGAGGGGGGCCCCCAGGAGGGGGGCCCCCAGGGGGGCCCCCAGGGGGGCCCCCAGGGGGGCCCCCAGGGGGGCCCCCAGGGGGCCCCGAAGGGGGGCCCCCCGAAGCGGUCUGGGCGGAGCAGCUGGAAGGGGGCCCUGGUGGAGAAGCAAGGGUUUGGGCGUUUGCUGCUGGGGAAGAGUGCAGCAGGAGAUGCAGCAGCAGGGAAGAAGAAGUGGCAGCAGCAGCAGCAGCAAAAGGCAGCAGCAGCAGCAGCAAGAGAGGCGGAGCGGGCCGCGCGGGCCGCGCGGGCGCUGCUGCUGCAGCAGCAGCAGCAGCGGCGAGAAAAGAAAAAAGAAAGAAAAAAAGAAAAUGAAUUAAAAAGUUCGAAAGUCCAAAUAAUCCAAAAGACAGAAAAAAUCCGCAAGUGGAGCCGCAAGGCCCGCAGGCAGCUGGUCAAAAUGGCCCCCGAAGUCAUUCGCCAGCUCUACGGCGUCCAGAUCUAG